CUUGCAUUUUAAACAGUGAAGUCCUUUAUUUGAAAAUAAAAGUACAGCAAUAUGUCAGGUGAAACUGGAUUGUAUACUUCGGAAAAGCGCGGCAACGAUCAGUCCGGCGAUGGUACUCAAAAAAAACCCCUCAAGACGAUACUGCAGGCCAUGCGUUCUGUGGGAGAGCCAUUUCCCACUAUAUUCGUAGACUCAACAGCUCCUGGCCAGAUUUUUGAACCGGCAGCCAAGUCGCAAUUAAAGAAAAUUCAAAAAAUCUAUGCACGGGAUGGCCAAAAGAAUGUGGGUAAGAUACAACGUGAAGCUGAAGAUGCCGUAAAGCGUCAACAAAAUCUGGACGAGGCACGUAAAGUGAAGAUUCAAGAGGACAAAAAAUUGCCUGUAGCUAAGAGGAUACGCAUUCGGGAGAUUGGCACGCACGGAGGAUCUCGGGUCAAGGUCUUUGGUUGGGUGCAUCGUCUACGACGACAGGGUAAGGCCUUGAUGUUCGUAACUCUAAGGGACGGCACUGGUUUCCUGCAGUCUGUGCUGACGGAUUUAAGAUGCCAGACCUACGAGGCAUUGAUGUUGAGCACUGAGAGUGCAGUGGCCUUGUAUGGCGUACUGAAACCAGUGCCAGAUGGCAAAUCGGCCCCUGGAGAUCUUGAAUUGCAUGUGGACUUUUGGGAAUUGAUUGGAUUGGCUCCACCCGGUGGAGCUGAUGCCAUACUCAACGAGGAAGCCCAUCCCGAUGUACAGCUGGAUAACAGGCACAUUAUGAUCCGAGGUGAGAACACCUCCAAAGUGUUGAAGAUGCGUUCCGUGGUAAUGCAGGCAUUUAGGGCUCAUUAUGAGGAUAGAGGAUACAAUGAGGUGACUCCUCCCACUUUGGUGCAAACUCAAGUGGAGGGUGGUUCCACUCUUUUCAAAAUGCAAUACUUUGGAGAGGAAGCUUUCCUCACCCAAAGCUCGCAGCUCUACUUGGAGACUUGUUUGCCGGCACUGGGUGAUGUAUUUACCAUUGCUCAAAGUUAUCGGGCCGAACAGAGUCGUACUCGUCGCCAUUUGGCCGAAUACACUCACAUUGAGGCCGAAUGUCCAUUCAUCAGCUAUGAUGAUCUUUUGACACGUCUGGAGGAUUUGGUUUGCGAUGUUGUGGACCGUGUCCUUAAGGGACCCUACGGUCAAUUGGUCUACGAGCUAAACCCCGAUUUCAAGGCUCCCAAGAGGCCAUUCAGACGCAUGGAUUAUGCCGAUGCCAUCAAAUGGCUGAAAGCCAACGAUGUGCGAAAGGACGAUGGCACUUUCUAUGAGUUUGGCGAGGAUAUACCAGAGGCUCCGGAACGAAAAAUGACCGAUACGAUCAAUGAACCCAUUUUGCUAUGUCGAUUCCCAGUGGCCAUCAAAUCAUUCUACAUGUCUCGAUGCCCUGAGGAUCAACGUCUGACCGAAAGCGUUGAUGUGCUAUUGCCCAAUGUUGGUGAAAUUGUCGGCGGCUCCAUGAGGAUCUGGGAUAGCGAAGAGCUACUUAAGGGCUAUGCCCGCGAGGAGAUUGAUCCUACUCCAUAUUAUUGGUAUACGGAUCAACGUGUCUAUGGCACUAUGCCCCAUGGCGGCUAUGGUCUGGGUCUGGAACGUUUCCUUUGCUGGCUGCUCAACAGAUAUCAUAUUCGUGAUGUCUGUCUAUAUCCUCGUUUCCUGGACAGAUGCAGACCCUAAGCAUUGGAGGAUUGGCUUCAGUUUAAACAGAUGUCUUAUAACCACUUAUAUAUCUUAAUCUUUUUCAACUAUUGCUGAUAUACAUACAUAUAUAUAUAUGAAUGAAUUGUAUUUUAUUAAAUGAAAUAAAUCGCAUUGAAAUCUUAA